CAAAACGAAGCGCUUCAUCAAACGAGAAUCUGCAAACCAUCGCCAAUGCAACCCUUCCCGCCUUGAAGCAAUGCUCUUCUUCUUCCAAAUCUCAACCAGUCAUCGCAUCUCUCUACUGUACUUCCCCAAGCUCAAACAUCACUCCUUGUUUCCCCGCCAUUUCUUUCAAGAUCGAAUUUUUUCGAUUGCAGUAUCUCGUUACUCCUCUCUACUCAACACACCAGCUCCAAUUCUUCACCACGAAUCAAGCAACGCUGCCACGGAUUCUCCCUCUGGAAUCGUGGGCACAGUCUUCAAUUCGGUCUGUAAGUCCUACGAUGAAGGAGAUAAAAGCCUUCGUUCUCUUCACGUCGAUAUCAGCAUCGAGCAGGCGGUCGCCGUCGUUGUUCUUCUCGCCGAUCGAGAGGGAUCCGUUGCUGCGCUCGGUUUCUUCCACUGGGCGAUUAUCCGCCGGCAUUUCAGACACUCGAUGAGGUUUUAUAUAGCUACAGCAGAAUCUUUGGUCGCCAGAGGGAACUUUGAAAAGGCUCAGGAGGUCAUGAGAUGCAUGGUCGAAUGCUUCGCCGAAAUUGGGAGGUUGAAGGAGGCAUCCGACAUGGUCUUUGAGAUGCAGAAUGGAGGCUUGCCCCUUAGCAUCCACACCAUGAAUCGGAUUCUGAGAAUAGCAUCAGAUUCAGGCUUGGUAGGACUUGCACAACACGUGUUUGGUGAAAUGUCUGAGAACCAGCUUUCCCCUGAUAUGCAUAGUUUUAAAACCAUGAUCAUUGCUUGUUGCAGGGAGGGACUUGUUGGAGAAGUUGAGAAAUUAUUCAUAGCAAUGGAGGCGAGAGGAUUCCCGGUGGACAAUGUAACAUGCACAUUAAUUGUAGAUGCAUUUUGCAAGAAGGGUUUAUUCAAAAAGGUCUUUUGGAUGUUUGAGAAAAUGUGUGAAAUGGAUGUUCCUCCCAAUGUGAUCAACUACACUGCUUUGAUCAAUGGGCUUUGCAAAAAAGGCAGCGUGAAGCAGGCCUUUCAGGUUUUGGAGGAAAUAGUUGGGAAGAAGAUGAAGCCAAAUGUUUAUACACACACCAUAUUGAUUGAUGGGCUGUGCAAGAUUGGAUGGACUGAGAGGGCUUUCAGGCUGUUUAUGAAGCUUAUUAGGAGCAAUUUAUACAAACCAAAUGUCUAUACUUACACUGCAAUGAUCAGUGGGUAUUGCAGAGAAGGAAAAAUUAAUAGAGCAGCAAUGUUGUUUUCAAAGAUGAGAGAGCAGGAUUUGCUUCCAAACACUAAUACAUUUACUACUCUGAUUGAUGGGAAUUGCAAACAAGGAAAUAUUGAUCGGGCUUUUGAAUUAUUGGAUGAAAUGAAGAGGAUGGAUUGCAGUCGUACCAUUCAUACAUAUAAUUCAAUGGUUGAUGGCCUUUUUAAGAAGGGGAAGGCUAAUGAGGCACAUAAACUGAUUCAGGAUGCUCUACAACAGGGGCUGGAGCUUGAUAACGUUACAUACACAAUUCUGAUCAAUGACCACUGUAGAAGAGGCAGGAUAGCUCAGGCUCUUGAGUUGUUGGAUUGGAUGGUUGAAAAUGGUUACCAAGCUGAUAUCAAAACAUUUACCAUUUUGAUUGCUGGUUGUUGCAGACAAAAAAGAAUGGAAGAAGCUGAGAAGUUGCUAAGUGAUUGCCUCAAGUUGGGACUUAAACCAACCAAGCAAACUUACACAUCCAUGAUUUCUGGGUAUUGUAGGGAUGAAAAGACACAAUCUGCAGUGAGGAUAUUUGAGAAGAUGAUUCAGGAAGCAAUUGUGCCUGAUUCAGUUACAUAUGGUGCUCUGAUAAGUGGGCUUUGCAAAGAUUCUAGAUUAGAGGAGGCAAGAGCAUUAUAUGAAUCUAUGUUAGACAAGGGUUUAGUUCCAUGUGAGGUUACCAGGAUAACUCUAGCGUAUGAAUUUGCUAAGAGAGAAAAAAAUGAAAUUGCUAUGCUGAUGUUAGAAAGACUGGAGAAAAAGCAUUGGGUACAAGCAGCAAAUAUCCUGGUUAGAAAGCUGAGUUCUGUUGGGAAUGUUGAUGCAGCUGUCUUAUUUCUUAACAAGCUAUUAGAUGCUGAUUACAGUGUGGAUCACAUAACAUAUACUGCAUUUCUGAAUGGGUGCUAUGAGAAUAAUAGAUACUCUGUUGCUUCAGAUAUUUCAGGGAGGAUUUCUGAGCAAAUCAGUGGAAAUCAUGAUCUGAAGGAUGAAAUCACAUAAAUGAGACUUUAUAUAAGUUCUCUUAUAGGCCUUGUUGAGGGAGCCAAGGAAACUUGAUGCUCGAGAUCUUCGGGCAUUCGGAUUGGCUGUCAGAUUUUGGAAUGCUAUGAAAGCAUCAACAUGGACGUGGCAUCAAUCUCCUGUUCUUGAUGGAAAUUUAAGCAUUGUUGCCUUCCUUCUAAAUGCUAAAGCAGCUAACUACACUGCAACUGCUAAAACACCUUGUUUGUAUGUCAGUGACAGAACAGGUGGUCAAAUUUAUGCUUUAAAGAGAUUCAUGAGCUAGACUUUAUAGGGAAUGUGCUGAAGCUUUGGAAGCUCAAAUUUUUAACUGACUCAUACCUACUAUCAUUGAAAUCAUGCUUGUUUAGAGAAGAAUGUUACAACUAAUGUGACCUGGAAUCAGUUAUAAUGGAAAACAUAAACCAAGGCGACUAAAUGUGGUUUUCGCUACUUAAAUCUUUUCCUCAGACACAAGUUUUCUCUAAGAGCUCUGAGAAUAUCAGAAGCGGGUGUACCUACUCUCUAUUCAAAUGAAAAACUUGUCCGUUUGCUUUGGAUUUACAUAAAAUUUGUCCUCCAUCUUCUCCAAAUCAGUGGAAAUCAUAGAGUUCAUUUAAAACUUGAUGAAUUAAAAAUGGAUCUUGCGAGCGUGGCCUGUAUUUUUGCAUCAAACUAAACUUUUCAUUUGGAUCAGAUCGAAUGAGAUUGCUUUGUUGAUCAUGGAAGCACAGGGAUAAGGCUUUUUUGCUAUUUGCCCUUAUUUGUUUAUUUUGCGUACUAGCUGCAAAACAAUCUAUUUGUAAUCCAGAUACAAGAUUGUAUACGUCUAUUCCUUUCUGGAUUUCAAGUCUUUGUAUUGAUGAG